GAAAUGUGCUACUAGGGAUUUCUAUUUGUAUGUUAGUGUGUUUUAUAAGAGUGGAAUCCUUUGCUGUUUCAGCAUAUGCUAAACUGUAUUGGGAUUGUGUAACUAUGGCAGUGCAUAACUCGCAACAAUCGCAACCAGACAGUUACACUUUCUAUGAGAAGGUUGAGGGAAAACUACCAUGGUUUGGGUUAAAGCCGCAGUGCAAGCUGGGUAGUGUAGUUUUUUGGCUUCGGCAGACGUGUGAGCUGUUUGUGUUGCCGGGGGCAACCGUUCUUCGCCUUCCAUCACAAGCUCUUUAUAGAACUCAGGAUUUUAAAACUAGGACCUGGAAGACUGAACCAAAAGAUAAGAAACUAUGGAAGAGUUUACUGUUUCUGACAACCUCCUUGAACAAACAGACAUGCUGUUAACGCAAAAAGAUGAAGAUCUUGAUGAUUACUUCUUGGAUGGAAAUGAACAGAUGAUGGAAAAUGAACAUAAUGCUGAGUAUACAAUUGCUAGAAGCGAAUCUGAAGAGCUUUUUCACGAAAUAAGUGACAGCUAUGAAUCAGAAUCUAGCUGUGAAAAUGAGGUGUAUCCUACAGACGAAGAGAGAUUUUUGAAAAAGACCGGUUAUAUAGAUAAAGUGCAGACCUUCCGUCUACGCAACAGACUAAACCAGCUGGACAAUCUUUACAGGGAAAAGGAAUCAAUGAUUCAGAAAAUCAGGGAAGAACUGACUGCAUGUAGAGAAAGGAUUCAGACUCUGAAACAAGAAAAAAAUAAUGCAGAGAGAGAAACCGUGGUAGAGCAAGAGACUAACAACAUUGCUGCUGUGUCCCGCCUACAAGCUGUGCAUAAACGUCUCUGCACAGAGUUAGACAAUGAAGAAGCCGUGGCAUCUACAUUAGCCACUAUGCUGAAAGAGAACGAGUUUGACCUAUGGCAAAUUGAAGUGGAGCAUGGGAAAUUUGAUAGCCUUCGCGAGAGACUGGUAAAAGAUGAAGAACAACUGGAAAGGCAGGAAAAAGAAAGAGCAAGCCAGCGAGCUCAGGACGAGAAAACCUUACUGACCCUUGCAGAGCGCAAGAAACAGAAGGAGCAACUGCGAGAAACAAAAAGACUGAAGGAGCAAGAAGUACAGUAUCGGAAGGUGAUGGAGGAUGCCCAGAAAAACCAUGUGACUGCUGUUCAGUUUCUGAAGGAAACAAUGACAAGAAUCCGUGAGAGAGAGAACAAAAAAGAAAUGAAGAGCAGAGAGGAAAUGGAAAGGAGGAUGCAAUCAGUACUUUCUCUUAAAAACAGCAUUUCUACAAACAGGGAAAAUCUGCGGGUCAUUGAGGCUCGAACUAAAGCAGAAGCUAUGAAGGCCAAGAAGCAGGAGAUACUGGAAAAUGAGUCUGUGCUUGCUAGGGGUGAAGAUGUUACCAAAUUUAUUAUCCAUCAAAAGCGACUGAAAGAGUUUGAAAAAAGGAAGCAAGAAUUUGAAGAACAACAGAGAAUACAGAAACAAGAAAUUAUCAGCCGACUACUGAAAGAAGAAUCCAUGCAGGAAAAACAGAGAAAGCAGGUGUCUUCCUUGGACCUGAGCAAAGGUCGCAAGAGCAGCAAACUCCGUGCCAAGACCAUGCAGUACAUUAAAUCUGUCGUCUAUCCUGAGCCAGAGGAAAAAAAGGAUCCUCAGGGAAACUGGCGUUCACCUUCACCUUUGUCAUUCUCAUCUGAUGAAGAGACAAGCAGCAGUGUGGAAGAGAAGUCUCCAGAUGUACCACCAAGAUUUACAUAUAGUUCUGAGGAAGAAGAAGCAGAAUCACUUGCUCAGCCAGAGUUUGUGGGAUUGUGGAGUCAAAACUAUAAGCCACACAAGGUCCCAAAGGAAGAAACUGAUAUGAACCUACAGAGAGGCAGCAAAAUGGAGAUGGAGAUAAUGGCAGAGAGAUUACAGAAGCUUCGUAGUGGCAUUGUUGAAAAGCAGGUGGUCUCGGGACAUGAGUUUAAGGGCUGUCCCUUUCAUAGUAAACCAAACCUUGUUCAUUUUAAGAACCUUGAUGUGGGUAAAAUUUACAAGAAAAGAAUAACUUUGACCAAUGCAUCAUACACAAUUAACUUCUGCAAGCUGGUGGGAGUCAGUGAGCACUUGAAGGAUUUCAUUACAAUACAAUUUGAUCCACCUGGGGCAAUGUCUGCAGGAAUGUCAUGUGAAAUGGUAGUAAUAUUUAAACCAAUGAUAAAUGAAGAUUUAGAAGGAGAAGUGAAAUUAUUGGCCCAGACUGGUCCUUUUUGUAUUCCAGUAAAGUGCAUGACGAAAAAAUGUGAGCUGGCUUUAGAAAAAGAGCAUAUUGACUUUGGUACACAUGUGGUUGGAGAGACAGUAAUACAGACUAUUACCUUGAUAAACCAUGGAGCUCUUGGAACCAAAUUUUCUAUUCACACAUUGACUCAUGACAGCGGUACUUGUGAGGCAGAGACGGCACACGUUGCAAGCAUGAAAAAAAUUGCUUCUCCAAAUUUACACAAAGAGACUGAAACAUCCCUAGUGUCUCCAGUGCAAGACCAUUCUGAUCAACAUAUGUCACAACAGACUGAAACUCAAAGUAGGGAGGAGCUCUCUGAGAGUCCCCAGCCUAAAGAAGAAAGGAUUCUCACAAUAACAAAUGAAGCAACUGAAGAGCAUAUUAAAGAACCAGGUGCAGCCCCUGUAAGCGAAGACAAUGUUUUGGAAGUGUAUUCUGAAGAAGGUGUGCUAGAAAUCAAACUGGGUGAGAUUACAGAAGGUGAAAUAGGACCUUUGGGCACAGUAAAGAUCCCAGUAAUUUUCACUCCGAUGGUUCCUGGAAAAAGCUUUGCACAGUUUGAAAUUACAUUUGAUAACUCCAGCUGUAAAACAAUUCCUGUCUUGGUUACUGGUGAUGCUAUUGAUGUACCUGUCUAUCUUCCAAAUUCAAACAUUGAUCUGAAGAUAUGCACAUAUGAUCGAUUGUAUCAAGACAGUAUUAUGGUUCACAACAGAGCAAGGACUGCCCUACGUUUAAAGUUUGAAGUAUGUAAGGAAUUGAAAAACCACAUGGAGCUGCUUCCCAAAACUGGUUUCAUCCAAGCACAGUCUUCUUUCAGUGUUCAGCUAAAGUUCUUACCAAGACAUUCUCUCCCAGAGGAUGCCGGCACAUGCUUUGACAAGGACACUGGAGUUUUGGAAGCGCCAAUGACAAUAACAGUUGCUGAUCAGACCCGGCCUGUUCCUUUCACAGUUCAUGCGAUUGUUACUUCUUCAGAUCUGGAAAUCAGCCCAACUGAAGUGGAUUUUGGAUACUGUACUAUUGUAGAAGCUGUCCAGGCAUCACUUCAGCUAACGAAUAAGUCUAUACUGCCCCAAGACUUUGGAUUUGUUGGAAUCCCUGAGUAUGUAGAGAUUCAGCCUAAUGAUGGAUUCGGAACACUGCUCCCUCUGGAGACUGUGAAGUUGGAUGUUAUAUUUAGAGCAGAAAAGGCCAAAGAAUAUAAAUUUGAACUAACGUGCAAGUCUGCAAUUAACAGGCAAUUCAAAGUCUCUUGCAAAGCCAUUGGGGUCCAUCCACCUUUAGCGUUGUCUCACUCUUUGAUACAAUUCCCUGCAACAGCUUUAAAUGAUGCCUCCAUUGCAACAUUACACGUUAUCAAUUCACAUACCAGCCGUAAUGAGUUCACCCAUCCGGUUCCAAGGAUUGGUAAAGGAGACAUUGCUCCUAUUGGACCCACAUCAUUUGAGUUCCAUGUACCAGAAGAUUAUCCAAUCACCAUUUCCCCAGCAGUCGGCACUGUUCUUCCAGGACAGAGAUGCAAGAUCCAGGUUUCGUUCCAGCCUUUGCUCUCACAAAAGGAAAUCAGAGAGGAGGCAAUACAUAUUGUACGCCGAGCUACUGAAGCUCAGGCCACUAUGGAAACAGAGGCCACACAGAUGUUGGAGAAAGAAAUGCAGGGUAGAAAAGAAAAAAAAGUAAUGUCUGGAAAGAAGGAAAAAAAACCUCUCCCUUCCCCAAAACAGCACCCAAAAGAAAAGGGCCCACAGCUGAUGCAUUCAGUUCCCACAGAGUUACCAAAACCUGAAGACAUAAAAGUCAAUUCUGAUGAAUAUGCUGCUGCCCAAGAGUCCAUCUAUAGAAGAUUUAUGGGAAAGUUUGAAAGAUAUGUUAUACCAUGUUUUAUUGCCAUUGGAGACACCAGCAAAUCCAAAGAUGAAAAUUUCAAAUUCAGCCAUUAUAAUACCCUGUAUCUGGAGCUACACUGUCCGGCUAUAGCGCCCCCUCUUAUCAUUACCUCUGAAAAUGGAAGGCAUCUUAUUGACUUUGGAGAAAUAGCAAUAGGUCAGAGAGUGGUUAAAAGAGUGGCUUUGCAAAAUAUCUCUCUGGAGCCUGUGGAACUUAGUGUUUCCAUUUUAAACCCCUGUGGGCCCUUCAUGCUGCUGAAUCCUCUUUCCGUGGUGGAGCCAGGGGCUAACUGCUUCCUUCUCAUUGCCUUUUUACCUGAUGAAAAUAAAGUUCUACAGAACACCUCUACAGUUCCAGUGACAUAUUCAGUAAAACUGGGCAGCCUUUCUGUCAGCAGAUACAGUGAACUCCAGAAACUUCCUCCUUUUAUUACCUCUCUCAAAAGGCCAUCGGCUUUAGUAGGCACUCAGAAUUUCAAUGGUCUCAGUGUGUUCAGUGUACAUCCUGUAGAGGGAACUAUUCUCCCAGGAAAGACACAAGAUCUCACUGUUAAUUUCAGCCCUGAUCAUGAGAGUUUCCAUUACUCUGAUGUUCUGACGGUGGAGCUGUUUGGUAAGCUUAGCGCUCACACUAUCCAGAUGAUGGGUGCAUGCAGAAAUCAUAUCAUGUAUGUAGAAGGAGGCGACCCACUGGAUGUUGCAGUUGAAUCCCUAAGCGUAAUCCCUAUGGAGGAAGAAGAUUCAAGUGAUUUGGUGAAUUCACUUCUCCUGACCCUUCACUGUAUCCAGACUGAAACUGCUCUCAAACCAGGAGUCAGGGAACUACAUGUUGGCUGUAUACGCACAUCACUAUUACCCACAAAAAAGAGUGUAGAAUUCUUCUGGGAAAACAUGCAGGUUUUACAGCAGAAAGGGUUUACUAUUGAACCAGCUAAAGCAGCGGUAGAGCCAGGACAACGGAAAUCAAUAUCUAUACAAUGGACUCCACCUGCAGGAUAUGAUCCAAUGAAUCCUGCCAGAACCACAGCCAAAUUGACUUUAAAAGGGGACAUCACUGAACAGUACCAGGUUAUUUUGGCUACCCAGGUUGUGUCAGCCUGAAACUAUAGAGGAUAUCUGUAAAUAAUUGGACUGAUCUGUGGGAACAAGCACUUCAUUCCUGAAUUUACACAAUACUAGAAAUACAAACCUUCCAUACAAAUUCCAGCAUAUGAAAAAUGUCAAUUUGAAAUAAAAUAUGUGCAAAAAAUA